AUGGACGCUCGUGCGCGGUUCGCGCUGAAGACUGCGGAGGCCGAGUGGGCUGAAUCAGUGAGUUCAGCCCGCAGCUUCGUGCAGUCCCUUCACGAGCAGCUGGCGCGAUUGGAGCGGCAGCAAAGACGGCUGCUGGAAGAGCUACGGCCGAAGGAAGAGACGCACGAGGAUGUUCCCGACCCAUGCGUGGCUUUGGAGCCGGUGUGCCAAAUGGAGUCAGAGGUGCCUUCCGCGGGUUCCCGCGACGCAAAGCCGGCUGACUUGCAAGGCACCAGCAGCGAGAAGAAGUGGAAGUAUGCGGCCAAGAAGGCCAGAUCUGCUGGCAUUACAAAGGACCAUGACAUCGAGGCAAUGCGACGCAGGCUGCGGGCGUUCAACGAGAGCGCUUCGCGAAUCUUGGGCGGCCGUUGGGAGAUGAACUGCGACAAAGGAGUCUCCAUGGUGUGCAUGGUGUCUUCGCCCUUCUUCGAUGCCGUGGCUGCCUUUCUGAUCCUCUUUAACUCCUUCAUCGUGGGCUGGGAAGUUGAGUGGAGCACCUCCAGCACCGCGGAGAACCCCGUGAUCGAGGCGCUCUCGUCCUUCUGCAACUUGGUCUUCCUCGUGGAGCUGAUUCUUCGCUUGUAUGCCUUCCGGAUGGACUUCUUCUUCAAUCGCGAACGAAGAGCUUGGAACAUCUUUGACUUCAUCCUGGUUGUGCUCGCGGUGGUGGAUGAAAUCUCUGUUCUGGCUCUGGGGACAGAGGCAAGCACCGGAGCAGUGGGCAGCGUCAAGAUGCUGAAGAUGCUUCGCAUUCUCAGAAUUUUCCGUGUCUUCCGCUUCUUCCGGCCGCUAGCUCGACUGGCCCUGAUGAUCAUAGAUUCGAUCAGAUCUUUGCUGUGGGCCAUGUUUAUGCUGGGGCUUAUAUCUUACGUGUUCGCGGUGACUUUGACCGGGCAGGCGACGAUGUGGCUGACGGAGCAGGUCGACACCUCUCUGCCUGACUGGUAUGACAGCCUUGCACACCACCAGGACAUCAACGUGAGAUUGAUUUGGUCUUCAUACGGCUGCCUGGGAUGGACGGUGUAUACUCUGGCUCAGACAGUGCUUGAUGGCGUGAGUUGGCAUGAGGUUUUGGAGCCUUUGUUCAGCAUUGGUUGGCUGCCUGUAAGCUUGCUGCUACUGUACAUAUCUUUCACCAUGCUGGCGGUUUUAAAUGUAAUUACAGGUGUGUUUGUUGACAAUGCUUUUCGCUCUGCUGACAAGCAGCACAUCGACAUCAUCCAGAGGGAGAUUGACAAGAAAGAGGAGUGUAUGUCAUUGAUCGAGGCCUUCUUCAAUGCAGUGGAUGUCAAUCAGACCGGAGAGAUAUCCAUGGAGGAACUCGCUUGGUUCUUGGAUGAUGCCACUAUGGAUGCCUUCUUCCGGGUGCUUGGCUUUGACGUUUACGACAAGACGAGCUUCAUGGAACUCCUGGACGCGGAUGACAACGGAAAUGUCAGUUACGACGAGUUCCGGGAAGGCUGCAUGCGCUUCAGGAUUUUGGCAAGGCAAGUCAUCGACACGCAACAUGAAGUGCAGAGUGGCAUCGGAGGAGAGUACCUGGCCGAAUCCAGCAUCGACCUGGAUUGUCUGCUGCUGGUUUGUAUGGAUUACAGGUCGGUCUCCCUGCCGGUGGCAGUACUCACAGGUCGCCCGUCCGACUGUCGCCCGGAGCUUCCGGAGGUCUUCGAGAUGGAGGGAUUCCAGAUGAAGCGCUUCAACGUGACCUUCACUGCAAGGCGAGAUCUGCAAGUGAAUGGGCUCCCAACAUACUGGGAUGAAUGCGGACAGCUGUUCAUCUAUUGGCAGGUGAGUGGGAGCAGAUGGGCAGUUUGUCCUCGAAGUGACGACAGCCGCAAGGACCUGUUGAACAGCGUCCGCAGUGGAGAAGCAGUCGGUAUGGCAUACGAGGAGGCUGACACCCCUGGGCUUUGGUCCGAGUACACGGAGAGUGGCUUUGAGCCCACCACCGUUCGUCUCAGGCACUUGCGAGAGUCGGAAGGACCCAACUCACCACGUGGUAAACGGAUUUCCAGAUGGCGCAAAGAGGCUCAGGAGCGAGCUGCCAACUCUCGCAGUGGCAGCCAAAUGCCAAAGUCCUUGGAGGACAUGAAGCAUUUGCUGGAGUCGAGAAGUGAUGUAGAGGAGGUCUUCGUGAUACAAGGUCCGAAAGAAGCAGAGCUCGUCGUCUCCUUCCGCAGCCAAAGAACGGCCGAAGAUGCCGUGGAGCUGGGUCAAGGCUUGCUGGACGCUUAUCCAGAUGUGGUGAAAGACUUGACCAGCGAGGAGGUGGAGCGAUUGCGCGAUCGCAGUCAAGGCGGCUAUCGCCCGUGCCCCGGCAGGUCAGAGCACGAGUUGCAACCUGUGAUGAGAUCGGGCAAUGUGCAGUCCACAGCUCGAUCCAAAGCAAAAGCAUCUCCGCAGAAAUCUGGAGAUGAAGCAGAGGCAGAGAAACCGCCUAACCGGAGAGCUGAGAGACCAGAGUUGGAGCAGUCAAACAGCUUGCAGCAGCUGACAGAGCUCGUCCAGUCGCUGAGCAAGCCGACCUCAGCUCCGGCUCUGCCUUCUCCACCCCCUGCUCAAAAGCCUGAGCCGCUCCAGCCGUCAACCGAGAAGGAGCUGCCUCCGCAUCCGCGCGAGAGCGAGGGUCUGGAGGUUUGCGCGGAGAAUGACCUGGACUUCGCGGGGCUGGACCUGCAAGAGCUGCUGUUGCAGCAGGAGUCCAACCAAAGCCAGGAGUUCGGCGACCCGCGGGAGGCGGAGGCGACGGCGGACGGGACCGGAAGCCUCAAGUCGGCCGACGCUCCGAGCAGGACAUCCCCCGCUUGGGAGGACUGGGCUGCGUCCACCAAGGAGGCCUUGAAGCAGCUGGAGGCCUUGGCAUCCAGUCCAGAGGCCAGGCAAGUGCAGCGAGCGCAGCGAGCGCACAGAGCCCCACAUGCCAUGCCCAUCGAGACUCAAGGUGUUCCAAGGGGAGCACAGCCCAAAGCAAGAGCAGAGGCCUCGCCGGGGCUCGGAGCUCAAGCAGCUCCAGCAGCUGAAGCAGCUGGAGCAGCUCAAGCAGCUCAAGCAGCUGAAGCAGCUGGAGCAGCUCAAGCAGCUCAAGCAGCUGAAGCGCCAGGUCCGGUUUCCAAUGUCGAAACGGAGCCACCGGCAAAGCUCAAGAAAAGCAAGAAAGCAAAGAAGGACAAGAAAGCCAAGGAUGCCAAGCUCGAGGAGAGGCUGCGUUCGGAGUUGGAAGAAGAGUUCCGCUUGGCGGAGGCGCGGCGCUGA